UCGCCAUCCAAACAUUCCACAUAUUUGGACUCUCUGUAGAACCCAAAAAGCAUACUCCCAAGUCCCAACCAGUGAACUACUACUUACCUUGUUUAUUUUUUUCCGGGAAUAUCAUCAAAACCCAAAACCUCCACGGCUAGAAAGAACUCUCCCAAAAAAUGAUGGCCUUGUCAUUCCCAACUUACUUCAAAUUCAAGCCUCCAAAUCUCCAGCUCAAAAAAUUGCAUACCCAUUUGGAAUUUAUUAGUUUCAGAACACAUGCUUUCUACUUCUCAACCCAUGGUUUUAGACUCGACCCAAAAUCUCUCUCUACGCCUAUAGUCGCCACAAGAGCUUGCAGUGACUCUUCCCCUUCUGACAUUGGGUCAUUAACAAGCAGCUUAUCCAAGUCCGGAGAUGGUUCUGUGGCCUUGUUUGUUCAGAUGCUUGGAUUAGACAAUGAUUUUCUUGACAGAGAACAGGCAGUAGUCUCACUAUGGAAAUAUUCACAAGGAGGAAAAGAAUGUAUUGAUGCUAUCAUGCAAUUCAGUGGCUCCGUAAUUCUCAUUAUAAACCUUCUUCAGUCGCACUCUGGUUCUACAUGUGAAGCAGCUUCAGGGCUCUUGAGAAUGAUAUCCUCUGUUCCUGUAUACAGAGAGUUUGUCGCAGACCAUGGGGCAAUAGAAGCUAUAACUGCCCUGCUGAGCCGCUCUUCUUUGACUCCUGAGGAAAAGGAGCAAAGUAUAGGUACGUUAUGGAACUUGUCUGUUGAUGAGAAACUUAGGGAGAAAAUUACAAACUCUGAUCUUCUUCCUUUACUUGUCAAGUUCUUGGAGGAUGAGGACAACAAGGUGAAAACAGCUUCUGGAGGGGUUUUGGCUAAUUUGGCUCUGAGUCGCUUUAAUCACAAGGCCAUGGUUGAAGCAGGAGUUAUACCAAAAUUGGCAAAGUUCUUGAAGACUUAUGAAAAGGUAUUGAAGGUACCGAGAAAAGAAGCAAUUAAUAUAUUAUCAGAAGAAAAAGAGUUGAAGGUACUUAGAAAAGAAGCAAAAAAUGCAUUAUUAGAACUUGCUAAAGAUAAGUACUACAGAAUUCUUAUUGUGGAGGAAGGUCUUGUCCUAGUUCCUCUGGUUGGUUCUGCUGCCUACGAAUCGUUCAAACCAGAUUCAGAUUCAGGGCUUACUUGGCCUGAUGGUACAGAGAUUGAAAAGAUUUACGAAGGACCUGCACCAUAUGGUGCCUCUGAAGUACUUAUUGAAUUAGAUGUCAACGGAAAAAUUUCCGUAGAUGAUGCAAAGGCAAACGCAAUGAUUGGACAAUCAACUCAACAAUCUCUUGCUCGUGCUGGGGUUAUAGAGAUGGAUGAUGAGAAAGUAAAUCAGAGUGAGUCUUCUUUGGAUUCGAAAUUCACCGUUUUGGAAUGGAUUGAUGGUAUUGCUCGUCUGGUUCUGAUUCUUGGACUAGAAGAUGAGUCAGCAAUUGCUCGAGCUGCAGAGGCAAUUGCUGAUGCGUCUAUUAGUGAACACAUGCGGACAUCUUUUAAGGAAGCUGGAGCUAUCAAACCUCUACUCCAACUUUUAGACCAUCGCAGUGAUGCUGUUAGAUUGGCUGCUGUUGAUGCUUUGGAGAGGUUAUCUAUCAGCAAUACUGUUUGCCAAAAAAUUGAAGCUGAAGGUGGUCUACCUCCUUUGAUAGAUUCACUGAAGAACUCAGAAGUCUCCGAAAGCUUUAUGGAGAAGACUUUGAAUAUUCUUGCCCGGAUGUUGGACCCUAGCAAAGAAAUGAAAUCAAAGGUUUAUGAUGGACCAGUUAAUGGGUCAAAGGAGGAACGGGAAGCAACAAGAAAGACAGGGUCAGAAGUAAAGGUGGAUGAGAUGCAUGUAUCUAACUCUACUUCCAGCUUUCCAACUACCCAUGCAAGAGAUCUGUUGGAUUCCGCUGCCAUUGCUUGUCUCGUUGAGUUCCUGAAGAAGUCAUCACCAAAUUUGCAAAGAAAAGCCGCUUCCAUCCUUGAGUGCGUGAUACUGUCUGGGCAAUCCAUUGACACAAUCAUCUCAGCGGACAUUGAAUCUGGUUUGGAUGCUGUUUUCCAACAGAAAUCUCUUCAUGAUUCAGAACUUGAAAUGGACUUUGAGCAGCCAGAACUCCACGCCCUGGAAGUUGAGGAAGCUGGUCUUGCGGUCUCAGCGGCAUCCCAGUUACUAACAAGACUUCUCGACUUUGAUUCAUUCAGUAGUACCAUACAAAAUCCAUCCCAUUUUAUUAGCUUGCUACGCAAAAUCCUUAGGUCGAGUAUACCUCUUCCUUACAAGAACUGGGUUGCUUCUGCACUUAGAAAACUCAGUUCUUUGUCCAACGGCCCCUUUAUAAGCUGUGAAAAUCCGAUCAAUCUUGAAGUCAUUCGUUAUGAGACAAUCCCGAGAUUGAUAGAGCAGAUGGAAUCACCUUCUUUAGAAUUACAAGAGGCCACUGUUGUAGAACUUUACAGAACAAUCUCUGAAGGGGGUGCGGAUUCGAUUGGGGCAGUUGCUGCUGUGGGGGGAAUAUUCCCUUUGGUGAAGCUGAUUGAAGAAGGGACAGAGAGGGCUGUCGAAGCAGGAUUAGCGAUAUUGUAUGAUCUGAGUAUGGAUAUGGAGAACCAUCCAGCGAUUAUAGCGGCAGGAGCAGUUCCAGCUCUGAGAAGAAUCAUUCUCUCGCAAAAACCACAGUGGACUCGAGCACUUGAUCUGCUGAGGGCUUUACCUACAUGAUGCGACAUGGUCAAUUUUUCUGUACUUGUGCUGAUAAAUGGUCGAGAGAAAAGUAAAAGUUUCUUGAUUUUUGUUGAAUUUUCAAGAUUACGCUUCGUGUUGAUUAAUUUUGAUGGUAACAGUAUAGUUCCUUGAGGGCAACAUGAAUCUUCUGUUAUUGAAACAGAAAGGUUGGGUAAGGUUUUGUCAGGGAAU